GCUCUGCCCUCUGUGCGGCUGCCAGCCUUGCCGUCUCUACGCGAAAUUAUUCGGAUUUAUGGACUACGAGCAGAAAAGCAUCUGUCUCAAAACUUCCUUCUCCAGCCUUCCUCGAUCAACAGCUUUGUGAAAUGUGCGGGGAGCCUACAAGAUGCCUGCGUACUGGAGGUUGGUCCUGGCCCAGGUAGUCUGACGCGAGCUAUCUUGCGCCAGAGGCCACGCCAUCUCGUAGUCGUCGAGCUGGAUAGGCGAUUUCUUCCAGCUCUACAGGAAUUGCAGGUGUCUGCGGCUGAAAUUGGCGUUAAAAUGGACAUUUAUCGCGGGGAUAUACUUAAAAUGAAUACAGAAGACAUCUUUCCGGUUGAUGCAGUCUACUGGCCUGAAAGGUGGGGUUCCGGUGUUGAAAAACCUGAGACAGGCGGUGACCAAAAGGACCAAAUACUGCCUUCAGCCGACUCGACCGCGCUUACAGAAACUGGCGACUCUGCCACCACUAGGCCUCCACGGAUUCGAAUUCUCGGUAACCUACCUUUCAACAUCUCAACUCCGCUUCUUAUCAAGUGGCUUGAGAAUAUUGCGAGUAGACGACAAGUCUGGAGGUUGGGACGUGUGCCAAUGACACUCACUUUCCAGAAGGAGAUUUGUGAACGGCUAACUGCCGAUGUUUGGGGUGAACAGCGUUCACGCCUUUCUAUUAUGGCCCAAGCCUAUUGUGAGGUCAAGUUUCUUAAAGAAAUUCCUGGUUCCGCGUUUGUACCAAAGCCGAAAGUUGAUGCAGGUGUGGUCCGACUUAGGCCGCUUGCCGAACCUCUGAUUUCAGUUCCUUUCCCCUACGUUGAAAAACUGGUUCGUCACGCAUUUCACUUCAGGUACUUAAGAUCAUAUGUAGACUAUACUUCGAGUCCACUGUCUCACCUCUUUAUUUUAAGUAGUUUUUUUACGAUGUGUACAAGAAAUCAAUAUGCUCUAGCUGCUUAA